AUGGGAUACGGUCUUAUUUGGUUUAAGUCCCUUCUGACUCUUGCCUUGGCCUUGACAAGCAAUAUUAUAAUACGACAUGUUAUUUCCAAGCUAAGGAGGCAACAAGGGACUGCAAUCCCACAUAUUAACUUGACAGUGUUCACUAGGCAGGCAAAUACAAUUGCCGUCUUGGGAAGACUUGGCGAGCUCCAACUGGUUGGAGGAGCUCUAGGGUUUACAUUUGCCAAUGUUACCGGUUUCUCGAUCCUAAAUGGCUUGGGAGCCAUGGAACCGAUAUGUGGGCAAGCAUAUGGGGCCAAAAGCUUCAUGAUCCUUCAUAGGACCCUCUUCAUGGCAACUCCUUUGUUGCUUCUAGCCACCAUUCUAAUCUGUACCCUUUGGUUGAAUAUGGGCAAGAUUCUUCCGCUUUUCAGGCAACAAAAGGACAUGGUGACAAUGGCACAAAGGUAUCUUUUAUAUAUGUUAACCUGAUGAUGGGACCAGGAGGUCAAGAAGUGGCGUUCUUUGCUAAGCUUAUAUGGUCCGUGCUGCCUAACAGCCUGCCUAGAGUGGUGGUGCUACGAGAUCCUUGUCCUCCUCACCAGGCGGCUUCCCAAUGCUAAGGAAGCAGUUGGGGUGAUUGCAAUUGUGCUCAACUUUAACUAAUUGCUCUUCUCGGUUAUGCUCUCACCCUCUGUCGGUGCAUCUACCAUGUCCAGUGAACUCAGGGCAAACAAACCAGAAGCAGCUUACAAGUCUGCUUACGUGUCACUACUUACUACGGCCUUCUCGGGGUGCAUGGGGGCCAGGGUCAUGGUUUAUCGCAAAUGGUGGGGCCCUCUGCUAAGUCAUAACAAGGAAGUGAUCAAAGGGGUAAUGAAAAUGAUGGUUAUGGCUAUGAUUGAACAGGCAAACUUUCCAUGGAAAGUUUCUGGAGGGAUUUUCCGAGGAACAGCAAGGCCAUGGCUUGGUACUAAUGCAAGCCUUGGAAUCAAAAGUAAUAAAGGUAACCCUGGGAGGACUCUUGGGGUUCACAGGGGGAUCAAUCUGCUUGAUUUUGCUAUUGGUGUCCAUAGCAAGAACAAUUGGGUAGACGAGGCACGCAAGGCUCAAGGACGUGCCUCUUAAAGAGAAGAUAAUGCCUUCAAAAAAGACAGUGAAUUCUAAAGUAACAACGUGAUCAGUAUUAUGAACAC